AGUGUUUAUAGAAUGGGGAAGGUGAGCAGCGGCUCGGAUUGUGGUGAUUAAAGGAGUUUCACAUCUGGGUUUGCUCUCAUUAACGUCCGAGAGAGAGGCUUGAGAAGAGAGGACCUGGCGGUUGAAACGAGAUGGAGAGCGAGGAUGACGCUAUUCUCCGGCUCCGCAGCCGAGCCAUUCCCACGAUGCCUACCUUCCCUGACUUGAAAAGCUCUUUGGAUGAGGAGCUCAGUCCGGGGAAAGGACAGCAAAGCAGGGAAGACAACCACAUCACCAGCAAUGGGAGAAUUGAAGUGGAACACGUCAUCAGCAAAAAACUACAACUGAAAAAGAAAGCAGAGUACUUGAAGAGUGACCUGAUGCGUCAGUUUGACACGCAGGUCAAUGAUUUCAUGGACAGUCUUAUUGAGGAAUCGACCAGCCUGGAGCCUGCACCGGUACCUGCUGUAUUUUCACCUCCAAUGUCAGACAAGGAGCGAAGCAAACUCAGGCACUUUCGUCCUCCUCACGGCGAGGGAAAGCUGUUUGUAAGCCGCAGAUCCCUCCUAGAUGAGCUGUUUGAGGUGAACCACAUCAGGACCAUCUACCACAUGUUCAUUGCCCUGCUCAUUCUUUUUAUCCUCAGUACACUUGUGGUAGAUUUCAUUGAUGAAGGCAGACUGGUGUUGGAGUUUGAUCUGCUGGUCUAUGCCUUUGGGCAGUUCCCUCUGGUGGUGUGCACGUGGCUCUGCAUGUUUUUGUCUGUGUUGUUUAUUCCCUACACCCUGUUUUACCUGUGGGCACAGAGCCACUCUGGCUCACACAGCCAUCUCAGGUUGUAUUCUUUGCUGUUUGGCACUUUAUUCCUGCUCUACCAAGUUCUGGGUCUAGGAUUCCUGCCCACCUAUACGGUGGUGACCAACAGUUUCCCGCCUGCAUCCUGCUUCAUCAUCAUCCUGGAACAGGUACGUCUAAUGAUGAAAGCUCACUCAUUUGUCAGGGAGAAUGUACCAAGAGUCCUCACAUGGUGUAAAGAAAAAAAUGGCCCUGGUCCAGUGGUCCCUCAGGUUUCUCAGUAUCUCUACUUCCUGUUUGCACCCACACUCAUCUACAGAGACAAGUACCCCAGGAAUCCGGUGAUUCGGUGGGGCUAUGUGGUCUCAAAAUUACUUCAGGUACUUGGCUGUCUGUUUUAUGCCUAUUACGUGUUUGUGCGGCUGUGCAUACCUCAGUUUCGCAGCAUCAGUCUGCAGCUGUUUGAUCUGCGAGCCAUGGUUCUCUGUGUCUUUAAUUCCAUCUUACCAGGGGUGCUGGUCCUCUUCCUGGGAUUCUUUGCCUUCCUCCACUGUUGGCUCAAUGCUUUUGCUGAGAUGCUUCGAUUUGCCGACAGAAUGUUUUACAAGGAUUGGUGGAAUUCGACCUCUUUUGCCAAUUACUAUCGCACUUGGAAUGUAGUUGUCCAUGACUGGCUGUACUACUACGUGUACCGGGACUUCCUGUGGAUGUCUCAGAAGCGCUGCCGACCAGCCGCCAUGCUGUUCGUGUUUACGGUGUCUGCAGUGGUUCAUGAGUACAUUCUUGCAAUUUGCUUUGGCUUCUUCUAUCCUGUGCUCUUCUGCCUCUUCAUGUGCUUUGGAAUGAUGUUCAACUUCAUUUUGCAUGACAAAAGGAAAGGCCCCAUCUGGAACAUAAUCAUGUGGACGUCCCUGUUCCUGGGUCAGGGAGUCAUUAUCUGUCUGUACUCUCAGGAGUGGUAUGCCCAGCGCUACUGUCCCCUGAAGGAGCCUUCCUUUUUUGAGCUACUGAAGCCUCGCUCUUGGAGCUGUGAGAGACCUGAUGACAGACUCUGAUGGGCUGUGACCUACAGCUGAGCUGCUGGGACGAGGAUUAUUGCUGAUCAGUAUAAAUUACACCAGCCUGUCUGCUACUGUCACAACUUCUGGACUUUUGUUUGUUUUAUUUAAGGUUCAUAGUUUAUUUGAAUGUAUGGAAAAAGUAUCUGCCAAAAAAAGCCAGCAAAGUUAUAAUGAUGCCUUAUUUGUUUUAAGUUAUCAACUCCAAAACAAAAUCAUCGUUCACACAACAGAACACUUGAACUCUUAUUUUUAUUCAUUCUUUAAUUUUCUGACAUUUCCAUAUUCCCCUUUGCCUCGAUCAACUGUGAAAUCACUCCUCGUGCCAUUAUGAAUGUGGCAAUAGUGACAUGGCAGCUGAAUACAAACAUUAUUCACAUAUGCAGUAAAGUCUAAUAUUUAACAAAGUGUUUACAGUUGCUACUCUACUGAAGGACAGUCGGUGUCAAAGGAUCUGUUCAAUUAUAUCUAUUUUCAGUGCCAAUAAGACUCAGUUUGAAAAAGACUGCCACUGUUUGCUGUUUUGUAUAAAAUCUUGAUGUUUCAGUCAGUUUUCUUUAAAGAGGAAAACGGUGGUGCCAUUUCACUCACUAAGAAGCGGACCUGUGCCGAGUUAAACCCACCUAAGCUCCACAUUUCCCUGUUUUCUGUUGAUUUCCAUGUAUCAAGACACAAGUUGGAAGCAGGACACGCGAUAAUUGUAUUUAUACAUAAAAUUGUAGUUAUAAUCUAAAAAUUCUGAACAUGCACCGAAUGUAAAGUGUAAAAGCAGAGCUUUAUGGAUCUAUUAAUAUUGUGUGACUGGUGGAUGUAUUAAUGAUUAAGUUAAACAGGUUUGAGCAUACAUUUGUAACUGAGGAUAGUUAAGUGAUGUGUUUUGUUCCGUGUUGCAAGUGGUGCACAGUGAUUUCAGAAAUGUCUACUUCUGUAAAACUUGCAGCUGGCUGCUAAAAUGUUUUAACACUGAGGUUGGAAGGACACUUGAUCAGCACUAAGGGCUAAAACAUUGUUAUUUAAAGUGCACUAUUAUGCAUUUUGUUCAAGCCAUUUCAGAUUAGUCAGACUUGGUUUCUGCUUUUAAUUUUGAAUGGGUUUCAGGCACUAUUUGCAUUAUUUUAAAUCAGCAGUCGUCACACAUUUAAAUGCGUGAUGACUGUGUUUAUUUGUAUGAAUGAGGCCCGCCAUACAAAGUUAAACCAGCAAUAGAAUGAUGUGCUCUUCUAAAAAGUGACCACAAGGUGGCACUGUUUUAAAGCGUUUAUUUUUAAUCUCUGCACAUUUUAGUGAGUUCCAGAUUUUUUUCCUAAAAUAAUCAAAUAUAAUCACAAGCAAACUGUUGUUGUUAAUAUGUACAGAUAACGCAGACAUUUUAAGGAAGCUUUCACCCAGCUUCAUUCCUUUACGAUUUUGUGAAUAAAUAGAAUAUUUAUUAUACUGAAAGACCAAAUUACAUAAAUCCUGUUUAUUUGCAUAAGAGGUUUAUUUUUGGGGGACCAGAGCUUUUCCUACUUACUGUGGUGUUUGUGUUCAUUGUUAUGUCUUCUGGCAUUGAAUCGACAUAGGUAUUGUGUCACGUGACAUUUUUAUGAAUCAUGUCUAUUUUUGGAUUGUAGACAAAGUUUUGAUUCAUUCUUUGCGCAUCAUGUACAAACUGAAGAAUUUAAAUAAAAUGAAAGUAUUUUAUUUACACCUUUUAAUCAAGUGUAUGUAAUAGCCCAUGUGGAAAAUAAAUAAUGUCUUUAUUGUGUUGAUUUACAGGUUUAAAUUUCAA